CUAAGCGAGAGUUGAGACCAGAGCUUCAUGGGAAAGAAAACCCUGUGGAAACCAGAAAGUGAUUUUUUCCUCCAACAAAUUUUGCAGAAUAUCAGUGUUGAGGGAGGGAACAUGGCCCAGCCAGGGGUUCAGAUGCAGGGACCCGAGCCUUACGGUGCACACGGACCCAGGCAACAGUACUUCAGUCCUUAUUCGUGGAACGGAGGGACAGUGCUGGCCAUCGCGGGAGAGGACUACGCCGUGUUAGCGUGUGACGCCAGACUGAGCGAAUAUUUCUCCAUCCUCAGUCGGGACUCUCCCAAGAGAUACAAACUCACAGACAUGACUGUUCUGGGGUGCUGUGGUUUCCAUGGUGAUGUCCUGACCCUGACAAAGAUGCUGGAUGCCAGGUUAAAGAACUACAAGCAUGAACACAACAAGACCAUGAGCUGUAAGUCCAUCGCUGCCAUGCUGUCCACAGUGCUGUACUACCGACGGUUCUUCCCUUACUACACAUACAACAUCCUGGCAGGACUGGACGAAGAAGGGAAAGGCUGUGUGUACAGUUUUGACCCGAUCGGUUCGUAUGAGCGGGAGGUGUACCGUGCAGGUGGAUCAGCCAGCGCACUCCUCCAGCCACUGUUGGACAACCAGAUUGGUAUGAAGAAUAUGCAGGGAGUUCAGCGACUUCCCGUACCGAAAGAAAAGGCCGUAGCGCUGGUUAAGGACGUCUUUAUCUCCGCGGCGGAACGAGACAUCUACACUGGCGACCAGAUCAUCAUCAACGUCAUCACCAAGGACGGAAUCCAAGAGGAAUCGUUCCCUCUCAGAAGGGACUGAGUUAAUGUGUUGUGGAUAACCCUUGUUGUCCCAAGGACUGACAGAACAUGUUGUGUUCUUCAUCUUUCUGACAGUACUUGGUACAGAGAGGGUUAAACUAUUCAUGAAGCUUAAGCGAAUCUUGUUAUGUGAGUAAUGUUGAAAUACACGGAGUAGCUAUUUGAGCAUUAACAUCGUAUAGAUCUUAGUCCACAGUUAAAAAAGUAAAGAUGGAUUUGAAAGUCACACUAAGAUAAGAACCAUGGAAGAAGCUGUGUAUUGGUGAAGAGAAUAAAACACUGUUUCAUGUCUGUCAGA